UCAGCUGUUGCAGACAAUGCAGAUCCUAUAUGCGGAGAGAGUGUGCCGUGGCUGUUAAUGUGCUGCUGAGAAGGAGAGAGAACGGGAGAGCGAGCGAGUGACAGAGGGUGAGAGAGAGAGGGGGGCGGGGUGAGGACAUUCCCUGUUCAUGUGGCCGAGGUUCCAGCUCAAGCAGUGAAAGGAUGAACUGCCCCUGUGGACCACUGGCUUUCCCCUGCUAGUGCCGACAGAAGAGAGAAGCUCCCGCUCGGACUGUCACUCCCCCCAGAAGCAGAGAGACCCUCAGUCACCGGGACACGACCAUGUCUUCAUCCGGAUCAUCUGGCCACAACAAGCGCUUGUCCUCUGAGACGGAGCACACCCAGAGGGUCCCGAGCACAGAUGCACCCCAGCAGAUCAAGUGGCGGGAGAGGCAGCGCUUCUUCGAGGAGGUCUUCCAGCACGACAUGGAUGUCUACCUGUCCUCCACCCACCUGCAGAUCGAGCACAGGAGACCCCCAGUAGGCAGCAUCUCUUCCAUGGAGGUCAACAUAGACAUGCUGGAACAGAUGGAGCUCCUGGAAAUCUCCGAUCAGGAAGCCCUUGAUGUGUUCCUCAACUCGAGCGGGGAAGAUGGCACGCUGGACUCCCCCCUGACAGAGGAUUACGAUGAUGAUGAGAAUGAGGACGUCAGCGAGGAGGUGUACAAGGAUGAGCUCUUGCUUGAGGUGCCCCGCAGCCGGUGCGAGACGAAGUCACGCAUGUCGUCCACCUCCUCCGGCUCCACCGACCCUUACAGCCUGGACACCAGCGAGGAGGGGACAGACACCCCCAUCGUCCAGUCGGACGAUGAGGAAGGCCAGACAGAAGCCCUGUUGCUCAAACCCAACGGCGCAGAGGAGAAGAGCAAGAACACCCACUCGUCGUAGUGAUGCUGCACAAGCUCUGCUUCCUCUCCAGCCGCUGCUGUGAGGAAGAGCAUGGAGGUUUUAUGACUGAUGCAGGCAUGGGGCGCUCACAUACAUAUGUUGUAGAGGUGGCCCCUGCUGACCCCGAUGGUUAACCCCUGCAAUCCCAGCUGAAGGACGUGUCAUUCCUUUACAUUUUUUCUGUUAACAUCACUGUACAUAAUAAUGAAGCUUCACUUCCUCUCUUUACAAAGCAUACGAGUCCAUGCCUUUUCAUGACUUUUGCUGCACUAGAUUGUAAAAAAAAAAUAUCUUGGUCUUGGCUUUCUUUUUUAUAAGUCGCAUUAUUGCUCUUGAGAUUUACUUCACCGGUGACAAAGACAGUGGCACAUUAAACAGCGUUCUGGCCUUCUAGAUGUCACAUACCAUUAACGGACUUGCUUCCACUUCAUCUAUAUGUGUUGAGACUUACCCGCCACGACAUGGAGACCAGAUGCUGUGAUGUCAUUUGCCAGUUUGAUCUCGAUGGCCUUGACUACCAUGUCUCAGACUCCAAAAAAACUCAUACAACCAGGAACCCGCUGGAAUAUGGUUUUCCCUUCGUUAU